AUGGCUAGAAGACAGUAUUGUCGUUGUCGUCGAAUGUUCUUGAUUUUAGCUCUUCUUUCUCUCUACUUAUCCUUGAAGCCUUUCCUAAUCACUGCAACAAGAACUGAGACAUCAACAGAGUUUGAAGAAACCAAGGGACAAGAAUUGAAUAAGAUCGUCCACCUGAGACGCAUUGAAUCUGCUCCUAAGAGAAGAACGAGGACAAGGAGGAUGGUGAAAGUUGAGGAGAUUAACGAUUACCCAGGAUCAGGUGCUAACAAUCGCCACACUCCUAGACCUUCCUGUCCUGAUUGCUAA